AUCUUCAGCGAAAAGGUGUCUCUUAAGGCGAGAGAAGAUUACAGAGGAAUUGCGAGUUCACAGAGAGAAAAAUGUUGCCGUACCGUCUGUCGGAGUGCAACGUCGGUCGCAGGAGAGCUCAGUUCAGCAAGGACGAGCGUCUGCAUCUUCUGAACAUAAUGACUCAGUACGAGCCACUGCUGGACGAUAAGAACGCAUCGGUAUUUGAUCGCCGAGAAAUCUGGCGCGCGAUCGAGCGGGAUUUUCAUCAGGCGGGUUUCACCAGAAAGACCUCGGCGCAGCUGAAGAAGUACUGGCAGAACUACAAGUAUCACGGUAGACGGGCACAGGUCGUAAAGAAGCGCUCGAGUUCAACUUCGAGAGAAGGAGACAACGCGACGAAAGAGACGGUGCAUCCGGAAGUGAUACCUGGAAAUCGUGAUAAUCUCGAAAUGACAAAGAUCAUCGCCAAGGAAUCGGCCACUCCCUUCGUUCCUUCUUCUUAUUCCGACACGUCGCUGCGGAACGUCGUCGAGUCAGGAUGUCGUCAACGCGAGAUAUACGAGAAUAAUGGAACGUUCUUCCGGAUAUUAAGUGCCACAUCGAUUCUACCGACCGAUUUAGAUUCAUUAGAAGAAAAUCGAUCCAUUUCGGAGAUCUCGCAGAAAAAGAUAAUCUCGGGUGAGGUUUAUGAGGAAUCAAGGUCAUCGGAUGUGAUAGACCAUAAGUCGGAGAAACGAAUAGGCGCCGACGUGAUAGUAUCUAACACCGACGUUUCGGACAAUAGUGUGACUGUGUCAGUGAUUUGCCCUGAAAGAACUCCCGAGCUUUUCAACAAGAAUUUUCAACCGAAAAGAAAACGCGAGGACGACGCGUCGCUAGAUAGAUCUUCCUUUCAAAGCCACGUUUCCGUCGCCUCAGCUGCAUCCCCGGGCAAAAAGCGCAAGGACGACGAACACUUCAUUUUCUCGACUGUUGCUGGCGCUGCGAAAGGACGGUGCUUCUUGCUGCAACCCCGACAAACUGAUAAUCACGGAGAAGUAAUUAGCGACAGAAGGAAUGCGACGGUGGAGACGCACCGGAAAUUGGAGUUGGCGAAGAAAACCUCCGUCGCUUUACCGUCGACAUUCGCGUCGCGAAAUGAAAUCUCGAAAUCGGCGACAAAGAAUCCCCCCGCGAUUUCCACGGAAAACUUUUCGAAGGAUUUUGUCGCUUCUCGUGACGAAGAUAUUCGGGAAUCGAAGAAAGGAAGAAGACGCGAAUCGAAAAGUCACGGAACGUCGCAAAAUCAACGAGAUGAUCUCGACACGAGCGAUUCUGCGAGACCGAGUAUCAGCGUACGUGCGGGAUUAUGGGAUCGGAAUACAGUCAGUCCGGUCGAAUCAGAAUUGACCGACGAGCUCAACUAUCAGCUGAUACUACAUCGGCUAGAAACCGAAGAAAAGCGAUUGAAAGUGAAACUCGCUGAGAUGGCUAUUCAGGAGAUUCGAUUUAGAAUUCGGGCUGUGAACGAGGACAUUCGGCGCGCGGAUGAGCUGCACGAGUUGCAUCUGGCGCUUGCGACGGCUCAAGCGGAACACUCAAGAUUACACGUUUAAGAAUGACAAAAUGGAAUCGAGAGAAGUAUAUCUCCGGAAAGAGGAUAGACGUAAAAAAAACCUCAUAAAACGGCUGUGUGUGCUUGAAAUUAUUUUUAUUAAUCAUCAUCAUAUUAUCGCAUGUCACGAUGUUGUCAUUUAGAAAAAACGCAUGGGACCAUACAAAAUAACAAUGCGCUUAGAUUUUUGUAAUAACCGAGCAACGUCUCGAAGUCGCGUUUAUUUGUUGCGUUCGCUCUCUGCUUCGUUAUUGAGUUUUUUUUAUUUUUUUAUUUUUUUAUUUUUUGUUGUUUUCUCUUUUCUCAUAUCUGUCGCAGGAUCAGAGCAAGUGCAACCAUUUCAACGGAUCGUCGAUCAUACAACAAACUACGGAACAAUGAUUUUUAUAUCAUCUAACAAGACACGUCCAUUACUCCUUCUUUUCUUCUUUCCUUCGUCGUUUCAUAAAACUUUUUCCACCCUUCGUUAAACUUUCCACUACUUUAGCACCUUCUCCGUUUUCCUCACUUCAUACUUAAUGUUUUUCCUUGUAUUUUUUUGUUUUAGUGAUUGUUAAUAAUUAUCACAGAAAGUUCGUAAAACAAUAAUGUUGAGUUUAUUAAGUGUACGUGUCUCUGUCCGUGUCUCCCCAUCUAUAUAUAUAUAUAUAUAUGUGUAUAUAUAUAUAUAUAUAUAUAUGCGGAAUGAAUACAAUGUUGUGUGUGUGUGAUGUGUGACAAUGUGUGUGUAUGUGUUUCGCGGGUGUGUCUUUCGCGAGAGUGUAUAUUAUGCUUUUAGACGGAAAAGUUUCGCACGUUGCUGCAAAUAUAGUAAGAGUAGUUAGCGUUAGAAUACACAUUAGCGAUAAUAGUAGCGGUACAAGUAGCGAUAAAUAUAACGGUACACAUUAGAAUAGCCUUCGUAUUUCGCAGCGCUUAAGAAUAGUAAUAUAAUCUUACUAUACAGUAGAGAAUAUAGUUUUUUCUUUAUUUUAAUAUGAGUUAGAGAAAAACUCUUUUCGCCGGUGCAUAAAAUUAAAGAGAGAGAGAAAGAGAGAGAGAGAGAGAAAAAAAAGAAGGAAGAGAAAAGAGAGAAAGAAAA